GGUCCCUCCUCCCCACGGCGGGCCUGGCGGGGCGGUGACGCUGCGCGGCGGCGGCUGAUGCGCUAGCUGUGUGAGGCGUUCCGGACGGCGACGGCGGCUCUCGUAGGCGGUUCCGGUCCUGUAUUCUCCGGGCGGUGGCAGUUCAUGGCGGCGACUGAGCUGAAAGGAGUGAUGGGGCCGGGCCCGGCAGCCAUUGCAGUUCCGGGCGGCGGCGGCACCGGUCCCCCCGUGGUGGGAGGCGGAGGCGGCCGCGGAGACGGCCGCGGAGACGCAGGGCCAGGCUCCGGGGCCUCGCCGUGCUCCGGGGCCACGCUGGGCACCGUGGCUGCGGCGGCUGCGAGCGGCCCCGGCCCCGGGACUGGGGGAGUGGCGGCGGCGGGCCCAGCCUCAGCGCCUCCGGCGGGGGGCUCGGGCGGAUCGGGCGCUGGGGGUUCGGGCUCGGCUCGAGAGGGCUGGCUCUUCAAAUGGACCAAUUAUAUCAAAGGCUACCAGCGGCGGUGGUUCGUGCUGAGCAACGGGCUCUUGAGCUACUACAGGUCAAAGGCAGAAAUGAGACAUACCUGCCGCGGUACCAUUAACCUCGCCACAGCCAACAUCACUGUGGAGGACUCCUGCAACUUCAUGAUCUCCAAUGGGGGUGCUCAGACCUACCAUCUGAAGGCCAGCUCGGAAGUGGAGCGGCAGCGCUGGGUGACGGCCCUGGAACUGGCCAAGGCCAAGGCCGUGAAGAUGCUGGCAGAGUCAGAUGAGUCAGGAGACGAAGAGUCUGUCUCACAAACUGACAAGACAGAGCUGCAAAAUACCCUCCGGACCCUGUCCAGCAAAGUGGAGGACCUGAGCACGUGCAACGACCUGAUAGCCAAGCACGGCACGGCGCUGCAGCGCUCCCUCAGUGAGCUCGAGUCCCUGAGGCUGCCCGCCGAGAGCAACGAAAAGAUCAAGCAGGUCAACGAACGAGCCACGCUCUUCAGGAUCACAUCCAAUGCCAUGAUCAACGCCUGCAGAGAUUUCCUUACGUUAGCCCAGACCCAUAGUAAAAAAUGGCAGAAGUCACUACAGUAUGAAAGGGACCAGCGUAUCCGGCUGGAAGAGACCUUGGAGCAGCUGGCAAAGCAGCAUAAUCACCUGGAGAGGGCCUUCCGAGGAGCCACGGUGCUACCUGCAAACACUUCUGGCAGUGUAGGUUCCAGUAAAGAUCAGUGCUUCUCUGGCAAAGGAGACAUGAGUGAUGAGGAUGAUGAGAACGAAUAUUUUGAUGCCCCUGAGAUCAUCAUCAUGCCUAAAAAUUUGGGCCACAAACGUACUGGCAGCAACAUCAGUGGAGCCAGCAGUGACAUCAGCCUUGAGGAGCAGUGCAGGUAUCAGCUGGAAGAGACCAAGAAGGAGAAGAGAACUAGUAUACCAGUCAAGCCAAACUAUAGCCUCAAUUUGUGGAGCAUCAUGAAGAACUGCAUCGGAAAAGAACUCUCUAAGAUUCCCAUGCCGGUGAACUUUAACGAGCCCUUAUCCAUGCUUCAGCGCCUUACUGAAGAUCUGGAGUACCAUGAGCUAUUAGACAAAGCUGCAGAAUGUGAGAGCUCUCUAGAACAGCUCUGUUAUGUUGCAGCUUUUACCGUGUCCUCCUACUCCACUACUGUCUUCCGUACCAGCAAGCCAUUCAACCCACUCCUUGGGGAGACCUUCGAGCUGGACAGACUAGAGGAGAAUGGGUACCGAUCCCUCUGUGAGCAGGUGAGUCAUCAUCCCCCUGCUGCUGCACACCAUGCUGAAUCCAAAAAUGGCUGGACAUUGCGUCAGGAAAUCAAAAUCACCAGCAAGUUUCGAGGCAAAUACCUCUCCAUUAUGCCCCUAGGCAGCAUCCACUGUAUUUUCCAUGCGUCUGGGCACCACUACACUUGGAAGAAAGUUACCACAACAGUGCACAACAUUAUCGUGGGCAAGUUGUGGAUAGACCAGUCUGGUGAAAUUGAUAUUGUAAAUCACAAGACAGGAGACAAGUGCAAUCUUAAAUUUUUUCCUUAUAGCUACUUUUCUCGGGAUGUACCAAGAAAGGUGACAGGGGAAGUGAAAGAUCGAUCAGGAAAAGUUCACUUUGUCCUGCGGGGGACGUGGGAUGAGAAAAUGGAACGUUCCAGACCAGCGACUGGGGAUAAUGGGGGCGAUGCUCGACAGAGAGGCCACGAAGCAGAGGAGAGCAGGGUCACGCUGUGGCAGAGGAACCCUUUACCGAAUAAUGCAGAAAACAUGUACUACUUCUCAGAGCUUGCUCUGACUCUCAAUGCCGAGGAGCCGGGCACUGCCCCCACAGACAGCCGAUUACGGCCCGACCAGAGACUGAUGGAGGAAGGGAAGUGGGAUGAGGCAAAUGCUGAGAAGCAGCGCUUGGAAGAAAAACAAAGACUUGCCAGAAAGAGGAGAGAAGAGGAAAGAAAAGCGAAAGACACAGACAGAAAGGAUGGUAACAAAGCAGAAGACACAGACAGAAAGGAUGGCACACACAGCGAUCCCUAUAAGGCACUGUGGUUUGAGCUGAAGGGAGACCCUGUUACCAAGGAGUUAACCCAUAUUUAUAGGGGAGGAUACUGGGAGUGUAAAGAAAAACAGGACUGGAGCUCAUGCCCGGACAUUUUCUGAACAACAGUAAAGAAAAGGAGGAGGAGCCAAAAGCCAAGGGGACAGAGGAUGCACGGGAAAGCUGGGGAUUCCCUUCCCGAGGGCUUUCCUCAAGUUUGUCUGUCUUAACCAAUCAUUUUUUCCAAAUCAAUCACCAGAAGCAGACACCAGUGGUGGUGAUUGGCUGGUUGCCUUAGCUGAUUGAAACUGAAAUCAACAUAAUAGAUACCUGUGUUUGUAAGGGAGAGGUUUAGUGGCUGAAAGGUAGUGUUGCUCCACUUCUGUAGAGGCAGGUGUUCUUGGCUCUUCCUUCUCCCUCUGCUCCCGUUCAAGAUGAUGCCGUCCAGCCUCCCCCAUAGUGCCCAGCUCAGCCAAGAUCUACACCAGAUUAAGAUUCAGGGGCAUUUUGGUGCUGUUCAGAGUAAGAGCUGGGUUUAGAAGUUCUUCUAAAAAGAAACAUGUUAGACUCACCAACAGAGGCAUCAUGCAUGAUUGCGGUGGAGCUUGGGAUGGGCGUUGUGAAAUGUGUUCACCAGUGGGGUCCGUGUCAUGGGGAUGUCCAUGCGUGGAUAACUACGUCUUGGGACACUGCCCGGGAGACUUGUCCUGUAAGGUCGGAACAUUGAGUUACACUCUUGGACAUUUCUGUCUUCACUCACGUAAAACACCUUUCUGCUGUUCUCCAUCUCCUGGGAUCGCAACCGAGGCCGCUUUGGUGGUUGGUAGGGUUGCGGUGGUCUCACAAAGGGGCUUUACGGACGUGCUCAGGCAGAGAACUUCUGAGAACACAGGCAGGACCGAAAAAGACUGCCGGCCACUUUCGCUUUCCUGCUUCCUCCUCACCCCCAUCCGUCAUUUCCUUUCUCACUUCGCUGCUCUCUCUCCGCACGAUACCAGUUUGGGUGUGUGCCCACUGUGGAGCAAAACGUCCUGCCCCCUUCUGAUCUCCUGCAGAAUUUGAGAGAAGCGGUUUACCUGGGGUGAAAGUUGUCACCAUCUCUCAAGCCCCAUGGACUGGAGCCACCCAUGAAAUAAUGUGUUAAAAAUCUGUAUAUUAUACAUAUGUAGAGAAAAAUCUAAUUUUUUGUUUGAUUUUCCUCCUUCCUAUUAAGAAUCUUGGGUUUUUGAUACUUCCUAUCUCCCUGGGACUCUCGGAUCUGUGGAUGUGGACUGGAGCCUCCUCCGCCUUCCACCCUGUAGGGGCGGACUCGUUCAGAACCUGAGCAGGGUUGUGCCCGGCUGUUACUGAGCUCGGCUGCUCCCUAUGGUUUCUGUCAUGGGUGCCCGCUGCUGCCUGAAGUCUGCUCUCCUAAAUACCUGACUCUUGAAAACGAAAUCCUCACCUCCUUCCUGCCUUUCUUUUGUCAGGAGGAGUGGGGUCAGGAGGACAGUUUCCAGAUUGAUUCUGCCUCUGUCCAAAUCGCAGCUCACACAGCUGACACCCAAAACAACUCUUCCUGGGAUGUGGGGCUGAGAGCAGCAUCACAUGGGAUGGGCAGGAGAACCCCUGCUGGGCUCUGGCUUCCCUUUUUCUGUAUUUGUUUGAGUUGUCUUCUUCCGAAAUCUCACCCCCAUGCAGCCCACCCUUGGUUGAGGAUCACAAACUGAGGUGCCUUCCUUGUAUGCCUUUUGUUAGUGUUUUUUCGUUUCUGUUCCGUAACUGCUGAGCCUCAGCCAGUGUGGGCCCUGGGGGGCAAUGUCAUUCCAGAGGAAGCCAGCCCUCCAGGGAAGCUGGAUUUCUACUGGGUGAGCCAGUGCUUCGUCCCUCCUCCCUUCCCAGCCAGAUGGACUUGAGAGGGGGCAGCUGCUGGGGAAUUUCCUCCUAAGAACCUGAUUCCCCACAGAAGCAAGGGAUUGUCCUGGGGCUGCUUGCAAGGAGGCCCAAAAGGUGAAGGUCUGAUGACUCAGGGGCCUUAGACUGAGGAUCCCCAACUAAACUGAACCUCCCUGCUGCUUGCCUCUUCCUCCGCCCUCUGCACUACAUUUCCAGCCCGAUCCCCAGUCAGGUUCCUGCAAAUGGAAGAAGCUUUGAGUCCUUCAGGUGAAAUAGUCACAUCAAAACAAAACUAUAUAUAUUUUCAGUUUUUUUGCCUUAUUGUUUUUUCCAAGAAAACCACUAAAUUAAAUAAUUUUUAAAAAGUCAUAU